AUGUUUUCGCGGGCGAAGGUCCUGCUCCCGGGGUACCGGCGGGCGGCGAAGGAGUUGGCAGAACGCCAGCAGCUGGAGUUAGAGUUCGCGGCCUACAAGUGGAAGAUGGCCGUGGGGGGCGUCGCCUUCACGGUCUUGAUCCUGAUCCUGGUCCUGAGCAUGGUGAUACUGCUGCGGUGGUGGGGUAAGCACCAAGCGGACCGUGAGUCCGCCCUGGUGCACACCGUUGAGGAAUCAAGGGCAGAAACUGCUACAGCCAACGAGAAGACAACGCGUUUCGAAGCCCAGAGAGACACGGCACGCUCAGCCUGCUAUGAGUUCCAGCUAGCUGUUGUCGAGAACAGGGCAGACUCCCACAGGGCUAGCGCCGAAUCGGCGCGAGUCAAAACCCAGCUGCAGACAAGGACGAAGCUGUUAAAAAGGACGGAAGCCGAGAAGCAGACGGCACUCUCGGCCUGCUACGAGUACCAGCUGGAGGGAAUCCACAACCGGCAAGACGCCAACAGGGCGAGCAUGGCGUUGGCGCAGGCCGAGCACGACUUGCAGAAAAUGACCGAGGUGGUAGCCCGGUUCAACGUCCAGACCCAGCUCCAGCGCUUAGGGAUGCGUUCUCUAAACGCCGCAUUGAUGAAGGAGGAAGGGAAGACGGAAAAGGCGGAACGUGACAUGGCUACUUGUCGUGCAAAGUACGAGGAAUGUCGGUCCUCGCUGCAGUCGGCGAGGGAGCAGAUGGCGAGGGAUUCUGCUCAGGCGGAGGCGGUCAAGGAGGCUGCCCGCAAAGCAGCAACGCAGGGGAAAGAGACGGGGCCUCAAGCCCAGAAGCAGCAAGUUGCCCAGGGCUCCCACGCGUCCACGGCCAGCGACGCCAAGCUGGACGAAGAAGGGUUCGGCCUGCAGCACAUGGAGCAGGCGAUGCUUCGGUCUUUGGAGGAGGAGGUCAAGCAGGACGGGGUGUGUGACCCGCAACAGGGGAAGGUUUCAUCAGCACCGCGGGCCAAGGCGAUAGCCGCACCGGCGAGGAGGAGGAGGGAGAAGAAGAAGGAGCCCCUCCCCACAGCGUCAACCAACCGGUGGGCGGUUUUCGCCGAAGACGAGGAUGACGACGACGAGGACGAGGGCAAGGGAGCAGAAGGAGCAACGCCCGCCGACGCCACGCCCGCCACGUCGCCCCCCGGCAGGGGUCGAACCCGCGGCAAGUCGCCGAGCCCGAGUCGCCGCCGGGCCAACAAUGAACACUAA